CAUAUUCUAUACUCAGUAAUUAUUCACGCAUAAACAUACUUGUAUAAUAUACAUAGACUGUACUGCUAUGUUGAUUGGUUAUAUUAUAUUAGAGAGUUUAGAUCAUGGUGAUUUGAUCACUGAUCUUGAGAUUUGCAAGUUAUAAUUAGACGACCUUUAUUUACAAAAAAAGUUACAGUUGAACUUGUAGUCUAGAUUUCACGACUUAGAUGCCAUACUCAUAACAAUAAACCUUAAGUAUAUAUAAAGCAAUUUAAUUAGGUCGUAGAUUCAAGAAACUAAACCAAUAUAUAGAAGUGGAGAGAUCUCAGAGUCAGAGAGACAGAGAGUGAUGUGAUGAUAAAAUCAAGAAAAGCUGCUAAAUUAAACGCCAAGAACAAAAAUUCAACGGCAAGGGUGUUUUUAGGUUCGAAUUAAAGAAAACGAGUAAUCACAAAUUUCCACGAACUUUUUUCUUUAAUUUUCCAAUGUUUUUAACCAAACUUGGUGGUUCACAAAUACUCAUACUUACAACGAAAGCCAUGUUAUUUCUAAAAAAAAGAUAUAGCUCUAGUGUAUGAAACGAAAAAAAAUGUACAUAUACUUUCUUUAAAAUUCUUAUGAAAAUUAUCACAAUUGAAUUUAAUUCAUGUAUGUGAAAACAAGUUGUUUUCGUAUUUUGAGAAGUACAUGAUCGUUGAACAAAAAAAAGAGAAGUACAUGAUCCCGUCAGAUUUUACCAACCAAAUACUCUCUAGAACGUAAAAACUAAUACAUAUAGAUUAAAAUCUAUCGCAAAGAUAAUAUGUAAAACUAAUUUAUUAUAUAGGAAUGUCUAGGAUACAUGUAUAUAGUGCAGGGGAGAAGCCACCUUAGAGCAUGUUUAACGGGGGUUCUUAGGGUGGGGUUCUUAACAGAAUAUAAUAAUCUGUUUCUUAAUUUUUAAUUAAAAAGACUAAGAACCGGUUCUUAAAUAACCUCCAAAACAUGCUCUUAUAUUCUAUGGGUGCAUGUGCGGGUGUAACAAUAUUUAUCUUUCAAAUUUUGCGAGACAAAUCAAUAAAGAUUUGGUAGAUCUGAUGGUAAAAACAUAGGUUGUACACCCUCUUCGACCAUCGUUAUCGGUGAAAUUCUUUUUGGAUUUCUUAAAAAAAAAAUUUUUUUUGGUUUGCCUGAUUUAAAAAAAAAAUUAAAAAAGAAAUCAAUAACGGGCCGCUAAAGUCGGUUCUUAACUCACGCCUUUUGUGACCGACUCUUAGCAAAUUUGUGGGGGCCACUACCUCUUUUAUUGUAAAAACCCUCUAAAAACUAGAGAUAAUUAUGCCCUUACAACUCAGGUUCCCUUCUUAUAUCUUUUUUUUUUGUAAUUAAUAGUGCACCCACUAUACAAAAGUACUAGCUUCGCCCCUGAUAUAGUUGUUUGAUAUGUGGUAUUAAAUGGUAAAAAAUCUAAGGGUAAUGAAUUUUGGGGGAUAAAACACAUAAAUAACAUCAUUUGUCAUGUAACCAACUACAUUGAUGAUGAGAUUACUAUCUCUACUUAGCUUUCUUACUAAAAAUAAUGAAUUCUGAGGCUAAAAAUACUAAUGACUUCUUAUGUCUUAUAACCAACUAUGAUGACACAAUCUUAUACUAGUUAAAUGAAAAAAUAUGUAUAUGAUUACAUCUUUCUUUUUUUCAUUUCCGCGACUGAAAAUUCAGGGGAUAUAUAACCAAAAAUGUCAUCAUCGUAUUCGAACUACACAAACUCACCGUGCGCAGCAUGCAAGUUCCUCCGGCGGAAAUGCACGUCAGACUGCGUAUUCGCACCAUAUUUUCCACCAGAGGAACCUUUAAAGUUUGCGAACGUCCACCGGAUCUUCGGAGCAAGCAACGUGAGCAAGAUCCUCCAUGAAGUGGCCCCGCAUCAACGGGAAGACGCGGUGAACUCGCUGGCUUACGAGGCGGAGGCACGGCUAAAAGAUCCAGUGUAUGGCUGCGUUGGGGCCAUCUCGGUGCUUCAAAGAGAGGUCUUGAGGCUGCAAAGGGAGCUAGAGGAGACAAAUGUUGAUCUCAUGAGAUACGAUAGUUUUCUUGGCGGUGAGACGUCGGCUUAUGGGGGACGUAGAGGUUGACUGGUCAACGGGAUGUUGAUUAGCGGCGGAGAAGUAUAAAGACAGAGAGUGGAUGGUUGAUGUGAUGUAAGUGAUUAGGAUAUCUUCGUAUGUAUGUGUAUGUAAAUGUACUUUAUGUAUGUGUAUAUUAUAUACUUUUAUGCGUAUGAAAAAAAAAAACUUAUGCGUAUGUGUCA